CACAAUGGAAUGAUGGGAAAUGCUUCAACUCCUUAACAAAUACAACUUCUGCGCAACGCUGAUAUGCUUGUAAAGUUACAAUAUCGGAGUUUAAUAUGGUUGGAUACGUUGGUUUUAAUGCAUGAUUCAUGUUUCCUAUCGGCUGAGAUUCAAGCGUUGGCGAAAAUCUGGGUUUGAAACACAUACCAUGCCAUAAAAAAAAAUCAGGAAAGGUUCGAGACUAGAAUGGGUCUCAUUAUGGACAGACCAAAGUCUGGAGAUUCUGACAACAGCAAUGAUGGCAAUACCGACCGUUGGCUAUUUACGAGCACAAAUGUCAUGCUCCGAGCAGAUAGAUCCAGAAAAAAAUCAUGAUUACUGAAUCGACACAGAAAAACGUUACGUUGAUCUGUACUCUUGAUACUAUAUGCACAGAAUUUAACUUAAUGGCUGUAGAAUUAUUCAAACCGCAAUACUACCUAUAGGAAUAAUGACCGAAAAGGCUCAAGAGAAAGAUGCUCCUAACGUUUGUACCACUGCUCGGCUUGAUAAUCGAUAGUGCCUCCGGCCAGGGGACUUUCUUCGAGCUGCUAUUCGAUGAAACGAGCAUGUUGCUGCGGAAUGAAACCAUCCGGCGGGUACCCGAUACUCAGCAUUUCCUGAAAGAGUACGAUUUCAUCGUUAUCGGCGCAGGAUCCGGUGGAUCGGUCGUAGUCAACCGACUUACUGAGGUGAAAAAUUGGAAUGUGCUCCUGUUAGAGGCCGGCAAGGAUGAAAACAUGUUGACCGAUGUUCCACUUACGGCAGGACUAACGAGUAUUACAGGCUACAAUUGGGGAUACAAGGCGGAUCCAAUGGAGGGUGCUUGCCUUGGGCUGGAGAACGGAGUAUGCAGUUGGCCCAAAGGUCGCGGAUUGGGCGGAACCAGUUUGAUAAACUUCCUGAUAUACACACGAGGACACUGGCGGGACUACGACGAUUGGGAGCGAGCGGGGAAUUUAGGCUGGGGCUAUCGAGAUGUGCUGCCGUACUUUAAAAAGUCCGAACGGGUCAAGAUUGGCAAAUUUAAAAGAUCGCGGUACCACUCGGACGCGGGCUACUUGGAUAUCGAGUACUCAUCGUAUGAAACGCCCAUGCUAAGAUCUUUCAUAGAGGCUGGUAAGCAGAUGGGCUAUCGUGAAACGGACCCGAACGGGGAAGAUAUGAUGGGAUUCUCGAAGGCCCAAGCCACAAUGCGCGAUGGAAGACGUUGCAGUGCGGGAAAAGCCUUCCUAAGACCUGUGGCGAACAGACCUAAUUUGCACAUUUCUAUGAACUCAAGAGUUACUCGGAUCCUGAUUGAUCCGGCAACCAAAAAGGCUUACGGGGUAGAAUUCAUGAAAAACAAGAAACGAUACGCCGUGAAGGCCAUUAAGGAGAUUAUUCUAUCGGCGGGAGCAAUAGCCUCUCCCCAAAUACUGAUGCUAUCAGGAAUAGGUCCGAAGGAACAUCUGCAAGAGGUCGGAAUACCUGUGAUUCAAGAUCUCAAGGUGGGAUACAACCUUCAGGAUCAUGUUACAUUACCUGGAUUAGUAUUCACGGUGAAUAAGCCGGUCACAAUUCGAGAACGAGACAUGCGCUCGCCGGCGGUUGUGAUAGACUACUUGGUUAAUGGGAAAGGACCGUUCACUAUUCCUGGAGGAGCGGAAGGAGUUGCGUUCGUGAAAACCAAUAUUUCGUUUCUGCCUCCUGAUUACCCAGAUGUUGAGUUGGUGCUUGGGACGGGUGCCUUCAACAACGACGACUCAGGUUCACUACGAGCUGGCUUCGGAAUGAGUAAAGAGUUUUAUCAGGAGACAUAUAGUUCAAUAUCCGGACAGCACGCAUUUGCAAUUUCUCCCGUUCUGAUGCGACCCAAAAGCAGAGGAAGAAUCAUGCUGAAAAGUAAGAACCCCUUCCAUUGGCCCAGUAUGAAGGGGAAUUUCUAUCAGAACUAUGAUGACCUGCUGGUUCUUCGAGAGGGAGCAAAAUUAGCAGUACAAAUAGCGGAAUCCUCAAAGUUUGCUCGAUUCGAUGCUAGGUUACACGAUAAACCAUUUUUAGGCUGUGAACAUCAUUCUUUCCGGAGUGACGCGUAUUGGGAAUGUUGUAUCCGGCGAAUUGGUACAAGUCUUCAGCACCAGUCUGGAACUUGUAAAAUGGGACCUCCCAGUGAUCCAGAAGCCGUAGUAAGUCCACAGCUUCAAGUGUAUGGUAUUCGGGGGCUUCGUGUAGCCGACUGUUCUAUCAUACCGACGAUUCCGGCCUCUCAUACAAACGCAGUAGCAUUUAUGAUCGGUGAAAAGGCUGCCGAUAUGAUCAAAGAGUAUUGGAUCAACGAAAUUCGAUAAUCCCGCGGAAGUGUGUCGUAAAGUGUGAUAUCUAGUCAGUAGUUAACAUCACGGAUCAAUAUAUAUUAUUAUGUUUUUUGAUGAAUUCUUUGUCUUUUUCAAUGCGUUGCCUUCUCUAGUCUACUCUUGUCUCACAUAAGUAAACUUUACUGAAAUGAACUAUUGGUGAUCUUAAUCUUAUCAUACAUUCCAUUAUGUACUAAUUUGUCUUUUACAUCGACUGAUGUUUACUCGAAGAUAACGUAAAUAGUAUUAAGCGAA